CGAGUACCGCCCUCGAUAAUGCGGAACGAAGAAGAAGAACGCUUGCUCUACUCUGUCAUCACCACAGAAGAAGAGCAGGAAGCCCACAUGGCUGCUACCUGGUAAAACAGUCAGAGCUCUGAACACUACAAUGAUUGUAAAGUCCUACCACCAUGGAGGAACAAGAAGAGAACAAUACUCCACGUUGUAACAUGUCCUCAGCUAAAGCGAAGAAGUGGGAGAAGAAGAUGAGAGACCAGCCCGUCAGUGUGCUGUUUGCACCUUGUAGCACACAGAACGGAGAGGACAAUCCGGUUUCUGGUGGAGGUUUAAAUGAUGUCACAACUGACGCCAAUCAACCUACAGAGAAGCCAAAGAGUCCUCAACAACAGGAACGGUGGACCCGUGGACAUGAGAAAGAUGGCGGAAGCUACACCACAGAGAUGCCUAAUAUCAUCACAGCUGGAGGUUUUGCCAGGGCCAGAUCAGCUGAGGUGAGCACCAUGCUAACGGCUGUCAGAAAGACGACUGGCAGCAACUAUGUGUUUGGAUCCCUGCCUAAACACAUGAGGAGACGGGCCAUGAGCCACAACACCAAGCGGCUACCUCGCAGACUGAGAUGGGUGGCCAACCGAAUGCGAGAGAGGAACCUCCAGGCCGGUGCAAAAACGAAGGCAAAGAAUAAAAGUCGCAAGGCCCGGCGGCGGCAUGGAAAUCUGCUGCUGGAGUUCAACCGUCGACAGAGGAAGAAUGUGUGGCUGGAGACUCACAUUUGGCACGCCAAGCGCUUCUUCAUGGUUAAAAAGUGGGGCUACUGCAUUGCGGAAAGACCCACAAGCAAGUGCUACCGUCCUUGCUUCAGGGCAAUGAGCAACCACUGCCUUCUGCAGGACCUUUCUUACUACUGCUGCAUAGAGCUACAAGGAGAGGAAAACAACCUUCUGGCUUCUCUGUCGCAGCUAACGAAUAAGGAGACUGGCCCUACAUUUGCUGCAGCAAUGAGUCUAUCAGGGCAGAAACAGGGCAGUGUGGUGGUGUACAAAGCAGGACUUUACCCCCUGCAGCCCAUCGGCCCUGUGACCUUCCUUUGGAGACCACAGUCACAGGGAUCAACACACAGGCAGCUUUGGAUUUGGGCUCAUCCAACAAUUAAACAGGACCUUCUUUCUGAGCUUCAAACUGUGUGUCAGUGUAACGAGGCUGUAGUUCCUUCAAUCGUUCCCACUGAGCAAAGCCUAGACCAGCCUAAAGAGACCCCUAAAGCCAAGCGGGUUACUGGAUCAAAGAGAACAAAGAGAAAGAAAACCGUUAAGGAUGUUACUGAACCACCAGCCAAAAAACUCCUCGGAGAUGGAACCAGAUCUCCCACGACACCAGUAACCUGGAAAUCCAGCUUCACUGGAAUCAUUAUCAAUGAUCUCACGAUGGAAGUAUUACGCUUCCGUCUCAUUGGACCACAGUCUUACACCGUCCUGGCAGACACUUUGACAGCAGCUACGGAUCACAAUGAGAUUGACAAAUCCAAGCCAGCCUCCCUUUGGUGGUCCAAACAAUGCACAGAUGAGAGCAAGAUGAGUCUGCAUGAAGAGCAAGCUGAUAUCUAUCAAUUACUUAAAGGCGUCGUUCUGGCUGGAGAGAUACCCCCUGGUACGGUGCUGGGUCUGACCGUUGAUGACCCCAGACUGACUUUACCAACAAAGAAAGUUAAAGCAUUGCCCUCUGUAAAGCAAGCAAAAGAGGUGCACAAUGAGAAGAGUAGGGACCUGAUGUUGAAAGGAGUUCCAAAACACUGCUGCCAGAGUUACCUGUGGGAGGGCUGGGUCCGAGACAACGUCACUGAGAACAAGAUAUCAGAGAAGGAGUUGAACCGCUUAAGAAGUGAGGUGUUGGUCCCGGGCUCCAGGCUUAGCCCCACUCCGACACAGAACCGAGUCCCCGUUCUGCUGGUUCAUCAGCCCGGCAAACAGUUGGGGCAUGAGAUGAGCUCUUGGGGGGCUGGAUGGGACCUGCUGCUGCCUAAAGGAUGGGGCAUGGCUUUCUGGAUCCCUCUGGUGUACAGAGGAGUUCGCAUUGGAGGGAUGAAGAUGAGUCUGAAACACUCUCAGGGAAAAGGAGUCCCCCACUUCCCCCAUGAUUACCCAGACUGCCCUUCAGGUGUUCUCCUUCAGGACGAGCAGGAGGCAGAGCUGCUUGGGAAGUUCAAGAGGCGUCCACCUGCCAAAAGGACCAAUUUCAUUAAACAAGGCUGUCUGGCUCCUUUCCGAUGCCCCUGGCAGCAGCUGGCGGAGGAGUGGGAGCUUAUAUCAACAGAAGAAGAGGGAAAGAAGGAAGACAGCCACACUGAGACUACAACAGAGGAGGAGAUGACACCGCAUAGAGACGUCACUGCAACAAAGGCUUUCAGCUGCGUCAGUGUACUGAGGAAUAGAAAAUCACUGAGGCUGCUCUCCGGUUGGUGCAGACCGACAACAGCCAAAGGCCAAAGGUUUUGCCGUGUUGGGACUCAGCCACCACUCAACCCCGCUGCUGUGACAUCAUUUCUCACGGCACACAGGAUGAGCCUGGUGUGGGUGCGUCUCAUGAUGCUCUCCAAGGGCAAACCAGAGCUUCAUGCGAUGGUUUGCGUGCCAACAGCAGAGGACCUGCAGCUCCUGGAUAAAGGACGAGACAGCAGCGGCCCCCAGGAGCCUUUGCACAGAGACCACUUCAAAAGCAGGAUGAAACGCGUAAAGAAGGGCUCCAAGAAAGCCACUAAAUCCUCUUUGCCUUCAGAGAAAAAUGAGCCUGAUAUGUCACACCUCCUCUCUGCCUCUGAACCAAAUCCCACUCCUUCUGAAGAGCCAAAACCCUCCUCCCAGUCUUCUCCGGACCUCAUCUUUGGGCUGUGGCCAGAACCUCUGCCUAGUGUCACCUCCCACUGCUCCCGUGUGACUCUAGGCUGGGUCACUCAGGGUGACUUCUCUCUGUCUGUAGGCUGUGGGGAGGCGCUCGGGUUUGUCAGUGUUACUGGACUCCUUAAAACUCUUGCCAAUCAGCGAAUGGAACACCGAGGAAUCUUGCUCCUCCGCAAUCCUACCUCCCUGCACUACCGUUUUGUGAAAAUGACCAUCGAGGUCUGAUUGAAACAUCUAAACAUAUGCAAAUCAAUUCUUCCAAACAGCACUUAUUUCAAGCUAAGGUGAGAAAGAUUGACUCUACUUCUGUUCCGUUAAGGUCUGGCACUCUCUCUAAGUUAUAUGAUAUAUAAAUCAGUAAGUGAUCAAUAAGUGCCAGUUUGAAUUGUGCCUUCAUCUACUCCAGUGUUGGACUGAAUUAUAAAAGAUGCUUCUCGAAGGGAUCAGUUAGAUUAAUGAUGAGUUUGAUCAUUUUCAGUUGAAUAAAUGUGUUCGAGUUUCUA